AUGAUACAAAGUGCUGUGGGCAGUGUCGAAUUCAUUGCUAGCCAUCUCAAAAACAACCAAGAUGACCGUCAGGUGGUCGAGGACUGGAAAUAUAUUUCGAUGGUGCUGGAUCGGAUUUUCCUGAUUCUAUUUACUGCAGCCUGUAUGCUUGGCACUGUCAUCAUCAUUCUUCGCGCUCCAACUAUUUCUGAUACUGUCGCUCCGCUGGCAUAA